AGUCCCGUCAUCACUAUUGUGAUUUGCUGCAUCAACUGUGUUGCCUUGUAGCAAGCACAACGGCAUUGAACACCGCGGAACGUGCGUCUCUCUCUCCGCCACAAGGAAGGGAAAAAGCGUAUAUUUCGUUACUCGAUUCUUCUCAUCACUUAGAAGGAAGACGGCGCAAUGCCUGUAGAGCCUGAAGUUCUUCCCACGCCGAGUCGGCUACCGCCCGAUGACGCGAUGUACGUCGUGGGCCGCCUUGUGUGGUACAUCCUCAUUAUUGUGAUUGUCAUCUUUGGCAUCAUUCCAGCGCUGUGCGGCACCGUAUUCCCUCCCUUUUCGGCUCUCUGGACCGUUCUUGCCGGCGUCUCGCCGUACGCGUGGGCGUCGAUGGGCAUCGGCAUGGGCAUCUCUCUCUCCAUCAUCGGUGCCGCGUGGGGCAUCCUGACCAGUGGCGCGUCCAUCAGCGGCGCCGCCAUCCGCGCGCCGGAGAUUCGCAGCAAGAAUCUCAUUUCCAUCAUUUUCUGCGAGGCCGUCGCCAUUUACGGCGUCAUUCUCUCCAUCAUCAUGAUGGGUAAGAUCCAGGCGAGCACCGCCUCCGUUGGCGCGAACGGUGUGUACGCCUACGGCGCCAUCGCAGGUGGCUACACGCUGUUUGCGGCGGGCAUUGCGGUGGGCAUCGGCAAUAUGGCAUGCGGCAUCUCCGUUGGCAUUGUCGGCAGCAGCUGCGCGAUCGCCGAUGCGCACAGCAGCAGCCUGUUCGUGAAGGUGCUCGUCAUUGAGAUUUUCGCCUCCGCGCUUGGGAUUUUCGCCGUCAUCACGGGUAUUUUGAUGGCGCAGAAGGUGGAGAUGCCGUAG